AGUGAAUCGACUCUCACCAGCGUAUCAUUCGCGGCUGACACGACUCGCUGCCAAAUACGAUUCACGGGAUGAGGAAAAAUGGUCGCGAGCACCCGUGUGCAGAAGCUUAUCAGACGAUAUAAACUCCCAAUUGCUGCUGGUUUAACGAUCUUGCUGAUCCAGGGCCUGGUGGUAUGGAGUCUGCGGGGUUUGGAGGAAGGAGAGGCUGAGCGGAAACACAGGCGGUCCAAGUUGCCUGACCACAAUGGGCAGGACCAGAAGAUGGACCCGGCCACCUUCGAGAGGCAAAACGCCCUGUCUGGGGCGAACAACGGCCCGUGGAGGGGGAGCCUGGAUCGGCCCGCUGUGACCGGCAUCAUCAGAAAGUGGUCUAGAAGAAAAAACAACAAGUCCCCUUUAAAAGACAAGAGUGUCGACAGGCCAGAUGAUGGAGGGGUGAUUGAGAAGGUACUGCACUACGAUCCCUCGAGCAGCCGUAACUUCAGCGAGCCGCGUGCCGGAGAAAUGGCCAAAAUCCAUCUGUUGGCUCCAGGAGAACCGGGCAGUGUCGAAGGUGCCCCUCAAGUUCCAAAUAGUGACUUUGUGCCCAAAUGUGAGAUCUCUGGCAAAGAUGCCCUGUCUGCCCUCCACCGUGCAGGUUCACGGCAGUGUAGACAAGAGAUCGCCAACAUUGUGUGCCAGCACCAAGCAGGACAACUGAUGCCACAGAUUUUGCCUCAGUUUUGUCCACAGCAUGUAAUCUCCAGUGCAGUCCAGCAUUUGGAUUUUACAGACACGGACCUCUCCAAGGUUGAAAACCCGGUCAGGGUAGUUUUUGUGCUGGUGGUUCAUGGACGAGCAGUCCGACAGCUAACGCGUCUGCUCAAAGCAAUUUAUCAUAAGGACCACUUUUACUACAUCCACGUGGACAAGCGCUCAAACUACAUGCAUCGGGAGGUGCUGCGCCUGGCAGAGCGCUACCCAAAUGUGAGAGCCACGCCUUGGCGCAUGGUCACCAUCUGGGGCGGUGCCAGUCUGCUGAAGGCGUAUUUGCGCAGCAUGCAUGAUCUGCUCUCAGUGCUGGACUGGAAAUGGGACUUUUUCAUCAAUCUCAGCGCCACCGACUUUCCCACCAGGACCAAUGAUGAGCUUGUGGCUUAUCUGUCUCAGAACCGUGACAAGAACUUCCUGAAGUCUCACGGCAGAGAAAACGCAAGGUUCAUUAAAAAGCAAGGACUGGAUCGAUUGUUUCACGAAUGUGACAACCACAUGUGGCGUCUGGGCGAGCGCACCAUCCCUGAAGGCCUGGAGGUGUCCGGAGGCUCCGACUGGUUCGCCCUCACGAGGAAGUUUGUGGAGUAUGUGGUGAACUCUCAUGAUGAGCUGGUGACGGGCCUCAAGCAGUUUUACACCUACGCCCUUCUGCCUGCCGAGUCUUUCUUUCACACUGUGCUGGGAAACAGCCAUAUGUGUGAGUCGCUGGUGGAUAAUAAUCUGCGUGUGACCAACUGGAACAGGAAGCUGGGCUGUAAGUGCCAGUAUAAACACAUAGUGGACUGGUGCGGCUGUUCGCCAAAUGAUUUCAAACCUGCAGACCUCAUCAGAAUACAGCAGCUGACGCGGCCCACGUUCUUUGCUCGCAAGUUCGAGUCCACCGUGAACCAGGAGGCCAUUGAGAUCCUGGACACUCAUCUGUAUGGCCAGUACCCGCCGGGCACGGUGGCACUGAAAGCAUACUGGGAAAGUCUGUUUGAGCAGGCUGAUGGGAUUUCAUCUCUUAAUGAUGUGGCCCUCACUGCAUACUCAUCCUUCUUUAGACUGGGUCUCCGUAGACAGGAGAGCACUCAAAGCACCACUGACAAAUGCAGGUUCGAACCCAUUGGCUACCCUGUUUCGGUGCACCUGUACUUUUAUGACGACCAUUUCCAGGGUUACCUGGUUAGGCAGGAGGUGCAAAAUGUGGCAAGCAGGUCACGGGAGAUGCUGGAGGUUUGGGCUGUUCCCCAGGCCACACUGCAGCUGGAACACAACCUGCAUGAGUUUGAGAGACUCAAACACCUCGAGGUCGGGACGGAGUGGGAUCCAAAGGAGAGAAUCUUCCGUAACUUCGGCAGUGUGAUGGGACCUCUGGACGAGCCUGUUGCAGUACAGAAGUGGGCUCGUGGGCCCAACCUUACAGCCACUAUUGUGUGGAUUGACCCGGCACAAAUAGUGGCAGCAUCCUAUGACAUCAGCAUAGAUGUUGAGGCAGAGUUCACGCAGUACAAGCCACCUCUUCAGCGUCCCCUCAGGCCUGGAGUGUGGACGGUACGCGUGCUUCGCCUGUGGGAGCGUGUAGCCGAAGCUCGCUUUCUGGUCAUGCCUCUCGCCUUCAAGGGACGUGAACCCCUUCGCACAGAAGACCACGGCUGGAUUCAUGCAGGUCCUCCGGGUAACGUCUACUUAGAGCAAAGCUUCCAGCAGCUCGCGCAUGUGUUGAAGCUGCCGCCCAGCGAACCCGCCCUACAGGAGGCCCAGAAGAAGGCCGCCCUGGUGGGGAAGCCACUGGAAGCCUGGGUGGAUAGCUCUGUAGGAGCCUUCUGGGUCAGCGGAGAUAUAUGCUCCGAGAAGACCUCGUCCUGUCCCAACAUAGACCUCUGCACCAAGACCUCAUGGAGCUCGUUGUCCCCCGACCCUAAAUCCGAACUGGGACCACUCAAAAGUAACGGGCGUAUUAGGUAGCCCCUAAAGCAUGCGCAUCCGGGGAAAAUUGUGAAUGCCCAUAAGGACAGUCUGCGGGAUGUUUACCAGUGAAGGUCUUUGAGACCGUCCCAUUACUAGUCAAGGCACCUUCUGUUGAGGACAGCUGGAGGCUCAAUUUACAUGGGAAACUGUUCAAAUUUGCACAAGAAGACUGCCAGAUGUUGUACAAGUUUUGCUUUUAUAAGUCGAUGUUCCGAAGUUUUGAGUCUUAACACGUAGUGGUUGAUGAUACAAAGACCUCAAACCAUUUGAUACUUUUGUUCUUUGUUACAAACAAAACCGUGCACAUUUUUCCUGUGAAACAGUUGCCAAACGUCUUCGUUAAAACUGCUGGAGUUCUCCGGCCGUAUCGCUAUGCUUAUUUUGAAGCGUUCAUAAUGAAUCUUCAAUAGCAGAUGGAUGAAGUGCACUUUACUGUAAGGCAAGCUCUUUCCAAUUGGCUGAAGAGGAGGCGGGACUUGAAGAAUCAUCAUAGAUCUUCACCGUUUGAUCAAUUGCGUCUUUCAGAUGCUGCUCAGAGACGUUGCAUGUACACAGUCAAGCACGUCGUCGUAACGAAAGCCGAGAUGUCGAGAAUCGAAGACUUGCGUUUUGUCUUUUUGUCAUUAAGCAGUCCUUUGUGUUGAAAAAACAAAGAUCAUGAUGUAUGAAGACUGCCUGAAGUCACCCUGCUGAAUAUCAGUUAUGAUACAUACGCCAUCAUUGCCAUGUUAUAGUAUUUCACACUAAGUUCUGGUCUUCCUCCAGUUUAGUUCUGAGCUGUGUAGUUUCUAACCUAAACUAGUUUUAAUUUGCUGUUUGUUCUGGGUUGUGUAUGUUAAAGGAUAGUUCACCAUAAACUGAAAAUUCUGCCAUCGUCUCAAUCUGACUUUUCCUCAGCGGUACAAAGGAUGUUUUCGAAGAAUGUUUAUGCUGCUUUUUACUUUGUUACAGAAAGCGGAUAGUUACAGAUGAUGUUAAACUCUUAAAGGGAAAAACGAUGAAAGAAAUCCAUCAAACUUGCACAAUUUGUACCAAGUCUUCUGAAUAUUAUGUAGCAAUACGGUAGCUUUGAGAAGCCGAUCGAGAUUCUCAUUCAUACUUGAUGAUCAGUAAUGUCUUCAUGCUUUUAUUUUGAAUUAUGACGUGGAUUUGAUCACUUAAGAAGAUAUAGCAAAAUCAUCUGGAUUAUUUUUAUGGUGCUCUUAAAAAAAAAAUGAAUGAGGAAAUUGGAGGCAGAAUUUAAAUUUUUGGGUGAACUAUUCUUUAAGUAAAACAGUUUGGGUUAUGAAAGGUCCAUCUUUAUUUAAAUGUGUCAUUUUUUUAACCACUUACAUUUUAUGGUCGUGUGUACUAUUUUGUUUUCAUCUUCAUGUUACAGAAAAUUGUUUAGUCCUACAAGAAAUGUAUCAUUUAGUGUGAAACGCUGCUUUUUAUUUGACGGAAAUGUUUCUGUUAUGGUGGAUGUUAAGCAGCCCAUUAAUCAUGUGGUUGAUUGACCAUUCAGAAAAUACUUAUUUUAAGUGUCCUUUUGUUCUUCGUAUACAUACGUUCGCGGUAUAAAAAGUGUAAUUUGGGUAUAAAUGAAUGAAUGAAUGAUAUUUUUCUAAGUCAAUUGUCAAACUGUCGGUCAGAACCUGAGAACGCUGCUUCAUCUUCUGUUUUGUGUCUUGACUCCGAUUUGUCCAUCUCACCAUUUGUCUGAAGGUCAGCGUGGAGCUGAAACUCGAGUCUGGGUCACAUUAAACCAGAUACUUAUUUUAGGGCCAAUGGGCAGCAACAAAUGGCACAUGAUGGCACAAUAAAAAUGUGAAAUCAA